UUACAAGAGUAAGGCCGGGACAAAAGGGGCGUGAUCUAGAACAAGGCGGAACCCGCAGGCUCGGGGCCGGGCGUGGUCACCAGGGAACUGCCUCGUGCCAGCGAACUUGUUGGCGCUGCACCCCCAGACUUGGGGGCCUUUGCCUUGGGCCACGGGGGGCUGGCCCUGGGAGAGGUUCCUGAACGGAAGCCACUAGCUACUUGCAUUCUCUUCAUCUCGAGAACCUGAGAAGUGUGCUGAGCAUCGCGGGCAGACAGGUGCAGAUGCACGCUCAAGCUGUGAGCCCCGACCCGGACAUCCAUGCCGCAUGAGGGACAACAGGGAAAAAUGCGUGUUGGCCUUGGAGACAGUGGUGAGCUGGUCUGGGUCUCCACGGGGGGCCGAGGCCAAGGAGGGUUCGCUGGCGCCGCGGGACAGCUAUGUGAGACCCAGGAGCUGGAAUCCCGUGAGGGUGAGGCUCAGUGAAGCGUCUAUGAUUGUAACAUCUGGAAAUGAUGGUCGUUAAAGUGACCCCAGAGGUGCUGACGUGAACUCUGGAGUCCAGGAGCAGCCGUUCUUCAGCAGGGGAUCAUAGUCCUUAGCCAUGGCCUAGGGACAGGGGAAUGAGAAUGCACAGUGGAUUCACGGUGGGUAGUGGGCUCAAGGGAGCAAGGCAGAAAGUGCAGAUGUACAAGAGAUGUUUGAAAGCAUUAGGGUGCCAACGCAGGCAACCAGCUGUGGCUCUGUGGCUUUGUUGCGGGGCCAAGAGGCUGCUCUUUUCUGUGAGCUCUGAUGGUAAUGCUGAUGGGUGGCCCGCUAGAGGGAGACUACCAAGGACAGAAGGCUGCUUGGCAAGAGGGCCCUGGGCCAAGAGAGCAGCUGCCUCUACGGCAGCCCAGCAGCUCUUUUAUGAGGCUUGCUUGGAACCAACGAGGUUAGAACUUGUCCUUCUGCUGGGAUGUGGUUAGAGAAUUCCACUCCAUAUAGCAACUCCUGGCUUUUCCUGGAGGCCAUCAACUCUACCAGCUAGCUCUAAGGAUAGGUCUCUGGGAUGCACCUUCUCUCCAGCCCUACUUCCACCGUGGCCAAGAACUGAUGCAACAGAGCUCACCCACACAGCCCCCAAAACCAUUUUCACUAUAGAAUAGUGACUCCUAUAAAACCUUGCCCCUCAGGCUAGCUGUACUCCUAUAAAACCCUGCCCCUCAGGCUGCACUCCUUGCCCCAAACUCUCACCUGGGUGCUCAUUGACUUAGCAGGGAUUGCCCCUCUGGGCAUUGGCCCAGCUGCUCCCUGCCCCCACAGUGUGCCUCAGUGCUCUCCUGGCCUUACAUGCUUGUGAAAACCUAGUUCUGGACUGUUGCCAUACUGGCGAGACUGUCAGGAGACGGAACUCAGUUGCUUUUGGGAGUGGAGGGAGCUGGGCAGUAUCCAGCAAGUGACACAGGCACUGAGCCUUUGGCCCAGCAGCAGUUUUCAACUAGGAUGUGUCCCAAACGUGCACUGGCAAAAAUACAAAACACAUAGCACCUGCCUGACAAGUGCAAGAUUGUAAGUUCAAUCCCCUGCACCAAAAACCAAAUAAAACAAAACAAUGCAGGCACAAGACCAUUAACUGCAGCAUAAUUUAUAAUAAAAAAACUGUUCAUGUAACCCCCUAGGUGUGAUCAGUUAUAUAAGUGAUAAAACCCCCACAUCUUGGGCACCUACACUUGGAAGAGAUGCCACCACACUUUUUAAAGUGAUUUUCAGCAGGACAUAGCCCAGAAGUGGGGUGGGUGAGGGUUUGCCAGGUGCUGUGUCUGCCAAGGACAAUAUUGAAUAUGCUGUCCAUUUGCCUAUAUUGAAAAUCCUGUGGAUUUGGGGAAGAUGGUGGCAGAAGCAGGAAUUUUCAAUCAAGUCCUCCUGUGAAACACAAGAGUGGCAAACAGGAAAACAAAACUCAGGUGACAGCACUAAUUACAGAGCCGGGUGGAGGCCAAGCUCCAGGCUUACCACGUAAUUAACACAUCUACACAAGGUCCUUGUCACCCUGUUACAGUUUUGAUCUAAAAUGUCCCUUAGAAGUCUCAAGUGUUCAAAAAUGAAACUUUUGAAGAUUGGAUCAUGGGGGCACUGUACUGGUCUGGUCAGAGGAGGUGAGUUGCUAUGGGUGGGGUAUGACCUUGUCCCCAGCUCCUCUCCCUGUCUGCUUCCUGGCUAUGAUGUAUUGAGUAUCUUCUCCUUGCUGUGCAGUUUCUGCCUUGGAAUCAACAACCAUGGACUGUGGCCUCUGAAACCUUCCCUUUAAAUUGUGGGUGUCAGGUAUUUUGUCCCAAUGACAAGAAAACUGAGUUAUACCCUCUCAAGCAACUGAGACACUGGACAAAGCAGAUCAAAUCAUGAUUUGUAGUACUUGGGACACUAAGGCAGAAGAAUCACCAUGAGUUUGAGGAUAGCUUGGCCUACAUAGCAAGACCUUGUCUACAACAAACAAAGAAAUCAUGAUUUUUCAGAUGGGACAUCAGGCAAUGAAGGCCUUGACCCCUGAGAGAGGGAUGAGAUAGGGCCCUAAGGGACACACAGCUGGAGCCAAGGUAGGGUGUCUGUUAUGAUUUGUGUUUAAGUGCCCCCCCCAAAGGGGCAGUUGUGGAGGUAGCUGAAUCUAGUAUUUGUGAUUGGUUUGUUGUCUAGUGCUGGGAUUGGCAGUACAAGUGCUGCACUCACCCAGGGGUAGGUAGCCAGGUACAAUAUAAGGGAGGGACUGAGGUGUGCCUUUCCCUUUUCCUCUUUUUGUUCUGGUUUGUUGCUGGCAUGAACAGCUGCCCCUUAGCCUCACCACCUUGCCUGGGAGCCAGCUGAGUAUGGAGUGAAACCUCCAAAAACUGUAAGUUUAAUAAACCUUACCUUCCUUCAUUUUGGAGAUCAGGUAUUUUGUCUCCGCAAUGAGAGAACAGUAACUAAGACAGAAUUUGGUACCAAGAGUGGGGUUGUUGCUGUGACUGUACCUGACAUGUGAUUCAGAGCCUUUGGGAAUGGCUUGUGGGAAGAAUUUUUGAAAGGUUUAGAGAUGUUCCCUGAAGGAGUAACACUGGAACACCUUAGGCUGUUCUGUAUGGGAGAUUCUGGUCAGAGCUCAGAAGACCAGAAGGCUGAUAGAAAGCCUGCCAAUAGGGGCUGGGGAUUUAGCUCAGCGGCAUAAGCGCUUGCCUUGCAAGCAGGUGGUCAUGAGUUUGAUCCCUGGUACCGAUAAAAAUGAAAAAGAAAAAAAAAGAAAAGAAAGAAAGCCUGCCAAUAAAGACCAGGCUCUGGAGAUUUCUGCUGGAAAGUACUGCAUUGGUAGUUGGACUCCACAACUGUGUAUUAUGGCUUGGCAGAAAGUUUGUCUGCAUUUUGCUCAUGUCCAGAGACUUGGCCUGAGACUGAGAUUAAGGGUGGUGGACCAACUAAUCUGACAAGAAAUUUCAAGGCAGUCUAAUGUUGAGGUAGUGGCAUGGCUAUUGUUGGGGGCUUUUAGCCAGAUUUAUGUUGUGAAUCAGGAGCAAAGAGUCCAGCAGGAUGAUUUGAAAUGUGAGUUUGGUCGAGGAAAAAACUCCCAUAAAGGAAUGGGGAUUUAGCUCAGCAGCAUAAGCCUCUGCUUGCCAAGCACUAGGUCAUGAGUUUGAUCCUCAGUACCAAAAAAACAAGGCAAAACAAAACAAACCUCCAGUAAAGCUGGACUGCAAGCAGCAGUAGGUCCCCAUGCUUUGUAGCCUCAAAACUGCAAAAGUGAAAGAUUUUGCUUUGAAGAGAAAGCUGCAGAGUGCCAUGUUCUAGAAUGGUGGUGGCAGCAGCCACAUGAGGUUCCAAAAUGUCAGUGGCUGCACCAAGUUCCAGAAUGGAGGCAGCAUAGAGAAUUUGUUCCUCAGAAUCAGGUUCAGAGUGCCCAGUGAUCCUGGCACUCUACUCCCUACAGCCAAGAGAGGAAAACCUGGCUACUGCUCCAGCUGGUAGCAGAUCUUGGCAGCAUUCACAUGGUGCUGGUUUUAAGCACAUGCAAAAUGUAUUAGUUCUGAGGCUUAAAAGGCUUUCACCCUGAUUUCAGAGGGCCUGGGAGGCCAGGCAGGCAGUGUGCCCCUGUCAAGGUAGUGUGUGGAACUGUGAAUGUAAAGCCAAAGGUACAAUGGAAAACCCAAAAGUAUGGAAAAGCUAAGAACAUGGAUCAUCUGAGGAAACCUGCAAGGAGGGAGUAAAGCCAGCCCAAGAGAAAAGCCAUGGGAGCUACAACCGCCAGAAGUGGAGUCACUCAACCUUUUGGAGCUCACAACCAGAUUGCUUCAGAUGCUGAGUAUGAAACUCCAGGAUUUAAUGUUUGCCUUGAUGGAUUUUGUUUUGGUUCUAAUCCUUUAUAUCCCCCAGUUCGUAGCUUUUUAAAUGUUAAUGUUUGUCUUGUACCAUUGUAUGUUGGAAGUAUUUAACUUUGUUUUUUUUUUUUGUACAGGAGGUUACAACUAAGAGUUUGCUUAGAUCUUGGAGGAAACUUGGGACUUGAACUUUUCAGCAAUGCUGAAACUGUUAGGACAUUGGCAACUCUUAAGAGAUAGAUUAAAUGUCUUCUAUGUAAGGGAUGUACAUGAGUCUUUGGGGGCCAGGGGUGGCAUGUUAUGGUUUGUGUUUAAAUGUCCUCUCAGGGCUGGAGAUCUAGCUCAGUGGCGCAGUGCCUCCCUGGCAAGCAUGAGGCCUUGAGUUUGAUUCCCGGUACAAAAAUCAAAGCAAAACAAAAAACAAUGGUAAAACAUACACUUAAAUGUCUCCCCAAAGGCUCAUGUCAUAGAGGUGGCUGAAUCUAGAGUUUGUGUUUGGUUCAUUGUCUAGUGCUGGGAUUGGCAGUGUGAGUGCUAUUCCCACCUAGGGGUGGGUAGCCAUACACAGUAUAAACAGGGACUGAGGGAUGCCUUUCCCUUUUGACCUUUUUUGCUUUUGUCAUUUAUUGCUGUCAUUAACAGCUGCCUCUUAACCUCACCACCCUGCCUGGGAGCCAGCUGAGAAACCUCCAAAAACUAUAAGCUAAGUAAACCUUUCCUUCCUUUUUUUUGGGGCAUCAGAUAUUUUGUCCCAGUAAAGAGAUAAAAGUAACUGAAACAAUGUCCUUGUGUGCCCACUGACCCAGGAAGCCCUCAUGGCCCACUGGCAGUCAGCAUGCUUCUAGCAGUGGAUAGUAAACUAGACUGCUCUGUUCAGUCAGAUACAGUCAGGAGGGCUGGAAGGGAUCAGAGUAUUUCCAGAUAACUUAGCUCUGUCUUGAAGGAGGGUCUGCUGAGAUUCAGACAGUGAGUAUGUGCAGGGAAGUAGGCAGUAGUAUCCCUGGUCAGGAAGAGGAGCAUGGCCUGUGGGGAGAGGCUGGUUACCCACAUGUCUGAGAAACAGGACCAGGGUAACACAAUGUUAGGGGUUGCAGACCAUGUGCUGGGCCCUCUAGAGCUGGGAGGAUCAGAUGAAAAGAUAGAUACCUCCUCAAAGGCUUGCCAGAAAGACAGGCACGCCUGUCACAAGGAUGGGAAUAGCAUAGAACAAAACACAUCCACAGGGGCAAAUACAAAUGUGCAGUGCAGUUUAAAAAAAAAAAAAAAAACCCAGUGUUUGCUUCAGCAGCACAUAUAGUAAAAUUGGAAUGAUGCAGAGAAGAUUAGCAUGGCCCUUGCCCAAGGAUGACACGCAAAUUCAUGAAGCGUUCCAUGUUUUUUUGGGGGGCUGGGUAUUUAGCUCAGUGGUAUAAGCAGCUGCUUGGCAAGCAUGAGGUCGUGAGUUCGAUUCCCAGUACCCCCCCCCAAAAAAAACCAGUCAGCGGGUGUUGUAGAACUUGGAAGAACCAGCUCCUCAAGGAAAACUGUUGGAGAGUGGAGGCUGUCAAUUGUUUAUAUUCUCAUACAGACUCUGCCUCCAUGCUGAGCAGGUGAAGGUUUCUCUCCAUAAAUGAUCCAGCAUUAAGUGAACAAGAAAUAAUGGAGUUAAAGUAGCCACAUGAAGUAAUGGCUGUGGGUGGUGCCCACCAGGGACAUGUGGUUGUCUCUGUGGCUCUUAUGGAAGCAAACACCAUCAGCACCCUCAGGAAGUCUUGCCAGAAACUCAACCUGGAACCAAAUGCACAGAGGCUCAGACGUCUUUCUGCCCUGGUGUCCCUGGGAGCCAAGAUCUGCCCCAACUGCCUCCUGCCACAUAUCUGGCAAGGCAGAGGGGAGCUAUAGGCAAAACUUCCUGCAGGAGUAGCCAAGCUGCUUCUCCCUCUUGCCCUCUUUCCCCUUUCUCACCUCAAAUCCUCUCCCAAAGAAAGUCCUGAUUUGAGUCCUAGCUGCAUGCUCUGCACCCCGCAUCCUGCAGACCAUGGUUAGGUUUCAUAUCCAUCUGUGGGAAAUGCAAAACAUGGGAACAGGCAUCCUGGGUUGUAAGCAAAAACCUAGGGCAAGGGACUGGGGAUUUAGCUCAGUGGCAUAAGCGCCUGCCUUGCAAGCCUGUAGCGGUGAAUUUGAUCCCUGGUACAAAAAGAAAAAAAAAAAAGACAAUAAAGGUAUGCAAAGGAGAUAAUAGGUUGAAAAGGAAGUAGAAGGAGGGCUGGUGCCUUCCCUAGGGUCUAACUAACCCAGACAAGUGCAUCCUACAACAAUCAGGGAUUUUAGGCAGCACAGUGAUGCAUACCUGUAAUCCCAGCACCUGGGAGGCUAUGGUAGAAGGACCAGUCCAAGUUUUAGGUCGGCCUGAGCAACAUAAUGAGACCCUGUCUUAACCCCUCCUCCAAAGACCUGGGGAUUUUAUUUAGUAACAGUGUAUCAAUAUCAGUUCAAUUGAAGCAAAUGCUCUACACUGGUACCAAAUGUAAAUGAUAGCAGAAAUGUGAGUAGAGGCUGGAGAUUGGCAGUAUGUGAGAAUUCUACUCUGAUUAAUUUUUCUGUGAACCUAAAAUUGCUCAAAAUAAAGUCUAUUAAUUUUAAAAGGCAAAUUUAUGUAUAAAAGUUAAAAUAUAUUCCAAAACCAAACUAGUGUGGACCUAAAUAAAUAGAAAGACUUCUUAUGUGCAUAGACGGGGGAGACAUUGUGUUUAAGGUCCAGUAUGCCCCAAAAUAAUCAUUGAGCACAGUCCAUACCAAAGGUCAACUAGCUUCUUUGUAGAAACUGACAAUAAAUUGAAAUUUGAUGCUAAAGUUCAUAUGGCAGUUCAAGGAACCCAGAUAGUCAAAUGGUCUUAAAACGAAGAACAAAAUUGGCAGAGCCUUACUUCCUGAUUUCAAAACUUAGUGCACAGCUACAGGGUUAGUUAGAGUGGUGUGGCAUUGUCAUAAAGAUGGAUACAUGGAUUGACAGAGCAGAAUAAACCCCGCAUCCACAGCCAGUGGAUUUUUCAAGGAUGCUAACACAAUUCAAUGGAGAAAAAUAUUGCUUUUCAACAAAUGUUACUGGGAAAACCUAAUAUUCCUGUACAAAAGAAUGAAACUCCUAAUAUCUACUACCUACAAAAGUUAAAUAAAAUGGAUCAAAGACCUAAAUGUAGAAGAUAAAAUUAUGGAAACAUUUCUGUAUUAGAAGAAUAAACAUAGUCAUAAAUCUUUUUUUUUUAAACCAGGAAUCAAACUUAGGAUCUUGUGUCCCUGAGCUGUGUCCCCAGCCCCUCAUAAUAUCUUGACCCUGGAAUAUGCAACAGUUUCUUUGACUUAACGCCAAAGGCUUAAGUAACCAGUGAAAACAAAUAAAUUAGGUUUGUCAAAAUUAUAAAUUUUCCUGUUUCAAAAGACACUAUGAGCAAAGGGGAAAUACAGAUUAUGGGGGAUUUUGGGGUAUAAGGCGUUUACUUAGUAGCAAGCUACUGGGGAUGGAACCUAAGGCCUCGCAUGUGGUAGGCACCACCAUUCUACUGCUAAUCUAUAUCUCUAGGCCUUCAUAUUUAUUUUUUAAAUUACUGAGACAGGAUCUCAAUACAUUGCCCAGGUGGGUCUCGCACUUGUGAUUUUUUGCCCCUUUAUUUUCCAUUGGUACUGGGGAUUGAGCCCAGGGCCUUUACAUCAAGCUACAUCCCAGCCCUUUCUUUAAAAAAUUUGAGACAGGAUCUUGCAAAGUCACUAAGUAGACCACUUAGUUCCCCAGAGUGCUAGGAUCAUGACUCAACAAUGAAAAGAUGGGCCAGGACUGAGGCAGGAGGAUCACUGCAAGUUUGAGCCUAGCCUGGACUACAAAGUGAGUUCAAGGCCAGCUUGGGCUAUGUAGUGAGACCCUGUCUCGAAACAAAGCAAAACAAAAUUUUUUUAAACAAUGAAAAAAUGAAUUUGCAAUUAACAUGAACAAAGAUCUGAAUAGAUAAUUUUUCAAAGAAGAUACAUAAAUGGCCAGUGAGCACAUAAAAAGAUGGUAACGUCAUUAGUCACUAGGGAGGUCUACAUCAGAACCGCAAGACACCACUUUGUACCCACUAGGAUGGCUUUAAUUAAAAAGAGGCAAAAAUGAGUUUUGGUAAGAAUGCAGAGAAACUGGGACUUACAAGUUGUUGUUGGGAUAUAGAACUGGUUUGAACAGUUCUCAUUUCCUCUAAAGGUGAAAUGUGAAGUUAACAUAUAAGUCUACAAUCCCACUCCUUGGCACAGAGCCAGGAAAUAAAGACAGUCAUCUAUAUGGAAUCAGAUAUGUAGCAGUCAGAGUAGCAGUACUCAGCAGUCCCAAUGUAGAAACACCCAAAUGUCUAUCAACUGAUAAAUAAAAUGUGGUAUAUCCAUGAAGUGAAACAUUUGGCAAUAAACAGAUACUAAUAUACAUGUGUUGGGACCACCUGUAUCUGUGAGAUGGGUGAGGGACAGCACGAGGCUGGCUGCUGCUUGGUCCAGAGGUCUUGUGUCUUAUGUUUGUGUACAUGCACAAAGCAGUUAUAGGUUCAUACAGUCAUGAGAGAGCACAUUCCCAGGACCUUCCAAGCUCUGAUCCCACUUUACACCACACACAUGCACACACACACAAACAGUACAAACCUGUUACAACUGCACAGUCACCAAAAAUGAGAUUCCUGUUUUGUCCCAGACAGACAAAAAAUAGAAAACCAUUGCACACCACAUAUAUACACAAGACAGACACUGAUCUCCCACCCUACACCACAUACACAAAAAAUUAAGCAUCAUUUUAAGCUGCACACAAAACUCAUAGCCUAACAAUGCAAGAACAUACACCAGAUACCAGUCUCAUUCCAGACACAUACCUGACACAAAAGAGUGUCAAACUCUACACAAAAAAUUAGACACACACACACCAUCCUACCUCACGACAGAUACACAAAAAAAGUUGCCCAUCUCACACCACAGACACACGAAUGAGGAAACUGGCCCCUUCAACCCCUUUCUGAGAUGCCCAGCUUUGAGGGCAGGGACAGAGGGACCUAUGGAGUCCUUGGUGGGGGCAGCAAACUGAUUACAGAUAUUUGUUGCCUCAGCUUUGGGGUUCACAUGAGCCCCUUUGCUGGACAGAAGGGGAUGAUGAGGGCACCAGAGCCUACUCCACUUGGGCUACUGGACCAUGGGUGGCAGUGACCCCCUCCCUUGACACAUAAGGAUAUAGCCACAGGUUUGUGAGUACUCUGCCUUCACUCAGUCCCUUCCAUAUUCUUGCGAAUAGAGCCACUUCCUGUUUUUGGAGUCUGGAUCAUCCUGUGCUGACUUAGCUUGUUCUGCGAGGUGUUGUAUGGGGGGUUUUACCAGCUAAUCCAGAGGAAGAGAGGUGUGUUAUCCCAUGACAUGAGGGGAGAGGUAUGUCUUGCUGCAAGAGCCAGACAUCCCGGGAGGAUCAGCAGGCAUAUGUGGAGUGUGGGCAUAUGAGAGGAGCUUGCCUGGCGGGCCUGGCAUAGAGUGGGCCAAGGCAAAAAGACUUCCACCUACUCCUUUACCUAGGACCCGGUUCUUACCUAGGACCUGGUGCCAGCCAGUUCUUGAUCCAGACAUUCUGGGUGGAGGGGUGCCUGCCCUCACAGCCUUGGCAGAUAAAAGCCAAGCAAAUAAACAGGAUGGGCCCCUGACUGUCACCUCAUAGGAGGUUAUCAUUCCUGUCGUUCCACAGGACGGUAGCCUUGUCCUCCACCCCUGACUUUCUGGCAUUGAACAGAACACAGGGGGACUCAUGUUAAUUUGUGUUGACAGAGACCACAUUUGAUUUUUAGAAAAGGAGAUGAAGACACCGAAACACAGGUGUAGCCAGAAAACUGGCCAGAUGUAAGUGACCAAGCCUCUGAAGGUCAUUUUCCAAAAGAUGCCAGGUGGCUUGUGUUGUCCUCAGAGGACACCUGGAGACUGGGCCUUCCAAAGGUGUGCCAGGUGCUAGAGUUGUAGGUGGUGUGUGCACCUGCCUGUGUUUCUAGAUCUGAAUUCAAGACUAGCAGCUCAGACUUAUAUUGGAGAUACUUCUUGAAAUUUAAAUAAAACUGCCACAUUGAAUGAGUGAUGUUCCCAUUCUGUGGGAUUUCUUAAUCUUAUAUCUCUUACACUGAGAUAAUCAUGAAUUCACACAAAGAUAUAAGAAACAGCACAGUGAGGUCCUGCUCCUUCUGUCAGCCUGCAAGGUGACAUCUUGCCAACUCCACAGCAUGAGAUGACAUUGAUGCAACCUGCCCACUCACCCUGUUUACCUCAGGCUUGGUGUGUGUGCGGGCACUUGGCCUUAUACUUCAGCUAUGUGUCCAUGUCCAUGGUAAAGGGGCAGGACAUCACUACAGGUGUUCCUGGCCUGCCCAGACCCUGAACCCUAGCAACCACUACUCUCUUCUCCAGACCUGUGUGUGUGUGUGGUACUAGGAAUCGAACUCAGGAUCUUGCACUUGCCAGGCAGGAGCUUAUGCCACUGAGCUAUAUCCCCAGACUCUUCUUCAGUUCUCAAGGUUUACUUUCCCAAAAUGGUGACACAAAUGGUGUGCUAUUCCAUUUCCAGUUACUAUGAUGAAGUCCCUGUGGCGAGAUAACUUUGCAAAAACAGAGACCAAUACAGCUCAUGGUUUUGGAUAUUCAGGGGCCUGGUGCUCAUAUCAGCUUAGCCCUGUGAUGAUGUCAUGGUGGGUGAUACUCUGAUAGCCAGGCAUGCAGAGAAUAGAAAUCAUCUAAAGGCAGGAAGCUGGGGCAAGGGCAGGGACCAGGCUUUCUCUCUCUUUUUUGUUUAGUAAACAGUCUCUUCUGAGAACUAACUUGGGGUCCCACGAGAGCUAAAGAACUACAAUGAUUGCUUCCUAGGGCAGCACCCCAAAUGAUCUAAAGACUCCUCCAGGCUCCACCCUUGAAUGUUCCAUCCACCUCAACACCAGCCCCUGGGGACCCAGUUUCCAGCACAUGAGCCCCCAGGAAGACAAGAACAUGUUUUAAACCACAUUCAGCCAUACCAAGUAGAGCCACACAGUAUCCCUGGACCGAGCUGUUUCUUUCAAUCCUGUGCAAUUGCCUGGGUUGCAUGUAGGUGUUUGGAAGUAUUAAUAGCCAUUUAUACUGAGUAAUAUUUCCUGUUAUUGAGGUCCUGCUUGCUUAACCAUUCACCUACUAAAGGACACUGGGAGAUUUCCAGCCUUUGAUUAUCACAGAUAAAGUUACCACAGGUUUGGCUACAGGUUUCUGUGUCAAUAUGAAUUUUUAUUUCUCAGAGAUAAAAGCCCAAGCCUGCAACUGAUGUAUCAGAUGAGUUUCAUGCUUGAUUUGAGAAGAAAGCAUGAAUAAAUUGAAUAUGUGGUUUAUAAAUAUCUUUUCCCAGCCUAGUAUGCAUGGACCUUUUGAUAAGAAUUUCAUUUAACCUACAUGUCAGUCAUUAAAGGCAUGCAUUCCUUUAAUUUUAGGUAUUCAGGAGGCUGAGGCAGGAGGAGCACAAGUUUGAGGUUAGGUUGGAGAAUUAAAAAAAAGUUUCAAUAAAAGUAGGGGCUGGGAAUGUAGAUUACUUGUACAGCACUUGCGUAGAAAGUAUAAGGCCCUGGGUCUAAUCUGUACUACUACAAAAAGAAACAAAAAAACCCUGCAAGUUGAGUUAGGGAAAACUGACAACUUUACUGUGUUGACUUUGGUCAUCCAUGAACAUGGGAUGUCUGUCCAUUUCUUUAGCUCAUCCAUGGUUUUGUUCAUUGUUAGUAUUAGGUAAGUACUGCAGACAAAUACUGAGUUUAUUUCCAAGUUUUUAAUUUCUUUGAAGUAACUAAAUGUAUUUUGUCUUUAGUUGUGGCUUCCAAAUGUUCCAUGUUGGUGCAGUUUCCAGGAACACAACUGAUUGUUGGGAGCUGGUCUUAUGUUCUGCAGCCAUGCUGAAAUCUCCUGUUCCACUUGUGAGAGCUGGGAGUAGGGGCAGAAGCCCAGUGAACCCUGUGCACCUGGUCCAGCGGUGAUAGUUCUGAAACCUCCUAUCUGCAGCUGAUGAGGGGCAGACUCCCAUAUAUGCUAGGUCUCUCAAUACUGAAAACAGUGUGGACCCUUUCCAUCUGUCAGGUGGGGUUGGGAGCAUCCCAGUCCCAGUGCAAAGACAGCACCAGGCCAGAGAAGAAGGCUUCGAGGUGUCCUCAUAGGAGGUUGUAGCAGGCAACUCCAUCUUGCAGGCACAUAAUGCCCCAUAAGAUUAUGCACACAUGCUGAAGCCUAGGGCUGCACAGUUGCUUGUCUGACAAGUGUCCCAUCUUAGAACACUUGGGAAAAAGGCAAGGGUGAUGGAGACGGCCAGACUACAGGGUAGCAAGAGCUAGAGGAACUCCCAUUCCAGCCUCCCCCCUCCCCCCAACCAGAGAGCCAGCCAGGCCAAGGGUUGGAGACCUCCCUCCGCUACCACACCCACCUCUCACCCAUUUUCGCAGAGGAAACCAGAUGGCACCUUGGCUGUGUGUGUGUGUGUAUAUGCAUGCAGAGCUACCUGCUCUCUUGGGCUAGGCACUCCAUCCUCCCCAGGACCACUAUGCAGCUCCUUCCUCCCCUGAGCAGGUCUGGCUGUCUGUAAACUGAAGAUAGCCUCCUAUUCCAGAAUGGCCUCUCCCUGUGACUUUCAAGAAUGCAGACUCAGCUAGGGCUGGGUGGCUUCAGGCCCCUUUUCCCACAUCUAUCCCCGCGAGCCGAGCAGCUGUGUCCCCUGCAGGAGGGGAUAUUACCCUUGGGCCUAUGGCAGGGUCUUCAGUCCUGGCCUCUGACACUCCAAGGCUCGGACUCCACCCACUAACCAGCGCGUCACCAGGCUCUUGCUUUGGGGGCGGGACGGAGCCGAUCACCUUAUCCCUCUUCUUCCUGUACCCUUAAGGACAGUCUGAAAGCCUGGAGGUCAGGAGGCUGGCGUGAGGUGGUCUGGGACCUAGGGAACUGGCCAUGGCAGAGGGGGCCGGGACAAGGACAGCAGGGGACCUUGGGAACGCGGAGACUGAGCAGGACAGCAGAGACCGGCAGGACACGGCGGGGCACGCUGAGGAAGAGCCAGGGACGCCUGGAGACGGACAGAGGACUGCAGCAGACCUCGGGGACGGCCCGAUGGCAGGCGAGGACGCCAGGGGCGGGCCAGGGACCCCUCGCACCUACGCGCGGCGCUGGCUCUUCCUGUUGGUCAUCAGCCUACUGAGCUGCUCCAACGCCACGCUGUGGCUCAGCUUUGCACCUGUGGCAGAUGCCAUCGCCCAGCACUUCCUCUUAUCCAUGGACCAGGUCAACUGGCUGUCACUCAUCUACUUCGUGGUGGCCAUCCCUGGUGGCAUAGCAGCUAUCUGGGUCCUGGACUCUAUGGGGCUCCGGGCAGCAGUAAGUCACAUCCUACCCCUGGCCUGCUCUGGGACUGGUGGGCCCCUGCGUUUGGGUAUGCUCCCAUGGCCUCCUGCGCAGACCAGGGUCUACCAGUCCCAUUGGCCAGACUCCCAGCAGAGCUGGCGGGCAGUCGGGUGGCUGGACAUUGAAGUCCCUUGUGGUCUAGAGUGGGCAGCAGCCUUUGGACUGUCCCUGCAGACCAUCCUGGGGGCGUGGCUGAACUUCUUAGGGAGUGCACUUCGUGCCCUGCCCUGCGUCGCUGUUGGGAUCCCUAGCCCAUUUGCCUUCUUCAUGGCUGGCCAGAGCCUCUGUGCUCUGGCCCAGACCUUGGUCAUCUUCUCUCCGGCCAAACUGGCUGCCUUGUGGUUCCCAGAGCACCAGAGAGCCACGGCCAACAUGAUGGCCACCAUGUCGAACCCUCUGGGCAUCCUUGUGGCCAACCUGCUGUCACCUGCCCUAGUGAAGAAGGGAGAGGACAUCCCCUUGAUGCUCCUGCGGAACAAGGCCUAUGUCAUCCUCGCCAUGUGCUUUGGGGGCGGCAUCGGGGUCUUCUCCAGCUUCUCAGCCCUCCUGGAGCAGAUUCUCUGUGCCAGGGGGUACUCUAGUGAGUUUUCAGGCCUCUGUGGGGCUCUCUUCAUUGUGUGUGGGAUCAUAGGGGCACUGAUUCUUGGCCUGUAUGUGGAUCAGACCAAACAUUUCACCGAGGCCAUCAAGAUAGGCCUCUGCUUGGCCUCCUUGGCCUGCGUGGCCUUUUCUUUGGUGGCCCAGCUGCAGGGACAGGCCAUUGUGCUAGCUGUCAUCUGCUCCCUAUUUGGACUCUUUGGCUUUGCAGUGGCACCUGUGGCCAUGGAGCUGGCUAUCGAGUGCUCCUUCCCUGUGGGUGAGGGAGCCGCUACAGGCCUGGUCUUUGUACUGGGGCAGGCUGAGGGUGUGCUUAUCAUGGUGCUGCUGACAGCACUGACUGUGCAGCGCACAGAUCUGUCCUUCUCCACGUGCCAGCAUGGUGAAGACUCAUUAGACUGGACAGUUUCCCUGCUGCUGAUGGCUGGCCUGUGCACCCUCUUCACCUGCGUCUUGGUGCUCUUCUUCCAUACCCCAUAUCGGCGCCUACAGGCUGAGUCUGGAGGGCUCCCUCCACCCAGGAUGCCAAAUCCCACCCCAAAGCUACCCCCCAAAGCUCCCCAGGAAGCUCCUGCCCAUUCCACUGGAAGACCCCCGGAUUCUCAGGGACUGUGACCAGGGACACGUAUGAGGGGAGGUGGGCGAGGGCGCCUGGCCACCUUGGUGUACAGCCCAUGAUCUGAGAGGAGGGACUGGCUCAAGUCCUGGACACCUUGGGCGAGGCAGGAUGUCCCUGGGACCCCAGGUGGACUGGGGCUGCAACCUGAAGAGCCCUGCUGCAUAGACCUGGACCCAGUCGACCCAGGUGACCAGUACAGGACAGUGCGGGUGGUGCUUGCAAGGGGGGGGGGGUUCUGGGUAGGUUGGAGAGGUGGGUGAGCGGGUGCCAGGGUCCCUGUGGAAGGGACAUACAUAGGUGGGUCAUGGGUCCAUGUUUAUUGAGCUAGGCAGCUUGGCCUGGCUCACUCCUACCCACAGGUGCACACGUAGCUCAGCACCUUGUUGUCCAGGUUGCCUGCCGCAUCUAUGGAGGCAAACUCCAGCAACUGGUUCACCUGGAGUAGGUGUGGGGGUGGCAGGUUGGUCAAGCCUGGCAGCCCAAAUACAGGUGGCAGACCUCAGCACCUCCAGGUGGUGUUUCUUGGUGGACUGGGCCGCAAAGGGCAUGGCAGGAGGCCGGGGCAGGGCCAGGGUGGGGAUGAGCUACUGCCUAGCUGGGGGACCCAGGGCUCAGUGGGAGAGUGGGACAGGUAGGGAAGAGCAGCGUGGAGAGGUAGGGUAGAGUAGGGUGGAGUGGACACAGCAUGAGAUGGGGUGGAGCACACAGACCCAGGACCGUAGUGCUUCAGGCCACUAGUCUCUAAUUCAGAGGUGCCAAGUGUCCAGUCCCAGUCUUUGGGCACUAUGGGAGAAGCAGGAAUCCCAGGUGGCAUUGAUUCUGGGGUGUGGAUUUGGGCUAGGGUGAGAUGGCCCUGCUCUGAGUCCAGCCCCUUGGACAGGACAGCCUCCAGCUCUGAUUUGAGUGCUCCCUAGUCAGCUCCGUCCCCCUAGAGAGAUCCCCAAGUCUGAGUGCCCUCUGUCCUGCCCAGAGCAGCACUGCAGAGCCUUCUGACUCACUCAGGGGUGCCCCCUACAUGUUUGGUCUUCAGAGCCCAGGAGGGUGGAGUGGGGUACAGGCACCUUAGUGGCAGCUGGGGACAACUGCAGCCAUUUGAUGCUGAGGAGGGAAGUGCCCACCUAGCUCCCCCGUGGGGCUUGUCGCAUCUGAACCCCACCUCCAUGCACUCCUGGCCAUCUGAUGAUCACCAGUACCCAUGGACACUCAGCAGCUGAUGGGGUCAGAGGCUGCUGGAAUUUUUCCCUGCACCUGGCCCAAGGAGACCCAGCCCACAAAACUGCAAAGGGCUGAGCAGAAGCUGGAGAAUCUGACACCAGGCCCUCCAUCCCUGGGCUCUCACUAAGUUACCCAAGGACUAGGCUCUUGGAGUCUCUGAAUGGCCCUUGAAGAAUGGGAAGUGGGGAAAGAAAAAUGGGAAGUGUCUGGACCUGUCUGGGCAGCAUGCUCCACACACCCUGGGUUGGGGAUUCUGAGGAAGCCAACACUCACUACUUCUUGUGGAUGCUGCCUUUGCCAGCUGGAUCCAGCAUCAUGGCAUUUAGGAUGGUCAUCUUGGUGUCACUGCAUGGACACCUCAGAGUGCCACCUGCUCAGGGCUCCAGGCCCAUGCCCACUGUUGGAGGCCUCCCUGUCAUUUUAGCCCAGGCCUGGGGGUGGGGGUGGGAUGGGGUUGAGAGCACAGGACAGAGGCCACACACAGCUGGAGCUCAGGCCUUGUCAGGAUUGGUCCCAGGCUUUUUAGGAGCUGGAAAAUAGGCUUUUUUGGUGAAACAUCUGGAUUUCUAGGUGCUAGGUGCUAACUGAACAAACACAGAGGUUUCACUGGCCAGCUUCUCCCCAAAUAAGCUUAGGAACAUGGUGGGGUUGAGGUCCCUAAAGCCUCCUUGAGCUUGGCAUCCAGCUUGUCAUCCUUGCUGGUUUUGCCUGUCAGGCAGGGUGCAGUACCACAGUGCAGGAACACCAUGGCGUGAUCUCUGUUGACUGCCAGGUGACCCUAUGGGGCUGGCCAUGCAGUCAUUUUUCAGGUGAUCCCAAAGUAGUACUGGGUAGUAGGAGACAAAAAAGAGAAGGCCCUCAGCCCUGGGGUGUAAGGCCUGGAGAGGGAGGGGUUCCCUUCCCCAAUCUCAAGCUGGGGACACUGGCUGUGGUGGAGAGGGAGAGGCAGAGUGGGGCAAGCCGGGAGCUGCUGCAGACAUAAGGUAAGCCAGGAAGGAAGGCAUUCACCUUGGACCCGGACCCUGGGGAGAAACCAGACUACUUCCCAGUUCUCAGGGCAGGGCCAGAAGAAGGUAGGCAAAGGCUCUGCUGGUGGAGGGACUGCUGAGCUCUGAGGGAGUGAUGGGCCCCUGCACCUCUCCCAGGUCCAUAUGCCCAUCCCAGGCACUAAUGCUCUGGCUGGCCCACUGGUCUUGUCCACCUGGAUGCCCCACCAGCUCUAGGCAACCAGGGGCAGGUCUCCCUCCUGGAGGAGGUGAGACUCCUCUCAUGACCUGAGGGGCAAUAGCCAGCUGUCAGGGCCAGUGCCUUUGCUUAGCAGAGGAAGAAGGGCAUCCAUUCUGCCUCCUGCACAUGCCCACCGAGAGAGGUAUAGAUGCCUUUCAGAUCCUCGUCAAUGAAGCCCUCCUGGCUCUGACCCAUGGGUGCGAAUGCCUAGAAACCAAGGCAGGCCCUUAGGGCCAUGGCUGACUGCCUCUGCCUCUGCCUCUGCCUCCUCACCCAGGGAUAGUCAGCCAACAUUGGAUCAGGGGCUCCUGGUGGGAGAGGGGCUUGCCUCCUUAAACUCCUGGAUCUGGGUCUGCACACAGUUGGAGAAGACUUAGAGGAAGCCCACUGGGUACACAAGGUACCACAGCUUCCUUGGGAAGGCUGAGGGUUCCUAAGCACUAUUGGAGGAACUUCAGUGGCAUGCUGUGAUUUGGGAAUCUUAAUUCAGACAGUAAGGGGGCUCUACUUGCUACUGGAGGGGCCCAGGAAAUAUGCUGUCCCCAAUCCUAUGUGCAGGAGGAAGCACAACAAUCCCUGAAGCCCUAGCAGAGCAUGGUGCUUAAGACUGUCUUGCUGUGUGUGGCCCUGGAGGGUUCCAGGGAAAAGGGAUGCUAUGAUGGGUAUCAGGGUUUCUUGAAGGUCCAGACUCACCUUCAUCUUGCCCCAGAUUGUCACCAGGGUACCCAUGGGGUCUGUGCUUCUCACCGAUACCCAUGGGCCACUCACCAUGCCUGAGUCUUCCUGCCCAGGCUCCAUCCCACUUGACUUAAGCUCCUGCCUGGUCCCCCAGGAUAGCUCAGGCUUCAGCUGCCACUCCCUGCAAGGACAGGUUUCAGGCCACCCAGGGGAUUGGACAACUGCAGAGCAAGCAUGAGUGGUCUAGCAGACUCAGAUAGCCCCUGUCCCCAGCUUCCCCAGGCCUCGAUGAUGUGUCUUCAGAGCUACCUACCAUGCCCUGGUCAGGGCCUAGGAUCUGAGAGUCCAUAUAGGCAGAAACUGCCUAUCUCAGAGGAAGCUGCCUUUUCCAGAGAGGCACAGAGGUAGUGUCCCAAGUGUUUGGCCAGCACUUGGUGUAUGUCAGGGCUCCCACUCAGAUCCAUCAGCAGAGCUCCUGGCCCUGGCCCAUGUAGCAGCAAUGGCUCCUUGGCCCAGGAGGAUGACAUUUUGGGGGUGGACCAGCCUUGGAGAUGGCUAAGUGACUCUGAGGGUCUGGGAUGGGGCACACUUGUACUGCCCCCCACCAACCCCUGGUCUUUCCCAUACUCCCUGGCCUGAUGGGAGAAGGAACCUGUUGUUGGUGCUGGAAGUCAGAUGCCAUGGUCCAGGGAGUAAGUCGCAGAGUAGGAGAAAUGGGUGGGUAGGCUAGGCCCUGCAGCUCUGGGCCUGGAGAACAGGCCUUGGAAGGCUGGCCUGUGCUUGGCAGGGGCAGCCGGGUCCCAGCAAGUGAGGGUGGAUGCAGGUGCAUGUGGCCACCAUGCUGGGUGACCCUUCUCCCUUGCACAUCUCUGAAACCCAGCCACAGGUACAGUGUUCACUGUGGUAGAGGCCCAAGCCCCCAAGGACACAGCUGUGAUAGAAGCUCCCUUCCAGGCGCUGCUGCCUGAGAUCCCCUAAGCCAGCAGGACCCAAAGAAAUCAUGUACCUGGGAGAUUCUGAAUGGGAGAAUGUGGCCAGGUAUGGGGGGCUAGGUUGAUAGAGAAGAGCCACACAUUCCAGGGCCCUGGACAGGCUUGAGGCCCUGCAGAGGUGGGGAGUCCCAAAGGUGAGCAGGCUAUAGAGCCCCAGGGAGGAUCCCGAGCUCAGUACUAAAGACAGCAGUAGAGCUGGAAAUAUUAGGACUUUGCAUACAGCUGACUCUCGACAGGUGCUGGGACCCUCUCUCCUCUGUGCCUGAGAGCCUGACCUGACCUGGCACCAGGGGUCUUCCUUGGACAUUACUGCAUAGGUGUCUUCUCUGCCAACCUCCACCCUCAGCCUGCUGCCUCUGCCUUAGGUCCCCAGAUACACUUAUUUUUGGCUCUGGAAGUUGAGCUGCUGAGGAAUAUGGUUUAUGUUAAAUCUAGUGAAGGGAAAACUCAUGGUCACCUGAGGUCAUCUUCUUAUAGGUAGCUAAGUUAGAAAUUAAUAUACAGUCAGAGAGACUAGGCCCUCAAAAUCAGCACAAAAAAUAAAGACAUCAAAUUGGGCAAGGUGGUGCACACCCAUAAUCCCAGCACUUGGGAAGCUGAGGCAGAAGGACUGCUAUGUGUCUGAGUCCAGUGUGGGCUCUAUAGUGAGUUCAAGGCCAGCCUGGACUACAUAUCAAGACUGUCUAAAAACAAAAUAAACCCCCCCCAAAAUCCUCAACCAACCACAUAAAUAAAAUAAGUCAGAAUUGUGAUUGGAAAUGCAUCUGAAUAAGGCUAUGUCUCAAGAUAUAUAUGUAACAGCUAGGACUACAUGCCUUCCCAAGGGAUAAACAGUAACAUGAAGUUAUACAGUAAUUAGUACCACCUGCUCCAUUAAGUCCAGAUAGGCCUCAGUUGCGCAGGUGGGUGGCCAGACCAUCUAGACCCAUCCUAUCCCCAGAAUGCCUUUGUUCUUUUCAUGUAUCCUCAUUACAUGACUUGCUUUUCUAUUGGGUCAGUAUUAGCUAAGUGGCCCUGGGAAAGGAGUAUAUAGAGAUAACUGAACAACUGAAGGACCAAUGGCUCCCAGAGCUGGCUAAGCCUAGGAACACUCCUUCCAGCCACACAGGCCUGUUAGUACCAAGUCACUUUUGUCUACACAGUACUUAAGGAAUUGAGAAACUGGCUGUGGCAUGACGUUUUCUCUCUUGCUUGUGGAAAGCUUCACCUCAUGCAAGAUCCUUUCCUGGAGGAGUCCUUUUCAUCUUUCAUCUCUGUCUCAUUGUGUGGUAAUAUAUUAUUUGACUAUGCUUAUAUCUGCUGAUUUUUUUCUUUUCUUUUUUCCUUUUUUUUUUUUUUGGUGAGACAGGGUCUCACUAUGUAGUUCAGGCUGACUGGUCUUGGAAUUUGUGGUGAUUCUCCUGCCUCAGCCUGUGGAGUACUGGGAUUACAGGUGUGUGUCACCAUGCCCAGCCCCUUGCCUUUUUUUUUUUCUGGACAGGGUAUUACUAUGUAGUUUAUGCUAGUUCAUGUUCACUCUGUAGCUCAGGCUGGUUUUGAACUCACAGCGAUCCUCCUGCCUCAGCUUCCUGUUAGGAUUAUAGGGGUACAUCACCAUACCUAGUACUGUAUUUUUAUAGCCAAUUUACUUCUAUCUUCUUUGGGGGGAUCUUUUUGAGACAAAGUCUUGCUGUGCAGUUCAGGUUAGCUCUGAGCUCACUUUGUAGCCCAGGCUGGUCUCAAACUUGCAACAAUUCUCUUGCUUCAGCCUCCCCAGUGCUGGGAUUACAGGCAUGUACCAUCACACCCAGUACUUUAUUUUUAUCUGGUUUUUUUUUUUUUUUUUUUUUUUUUUUGUCUUUUUCCUUUUUAUCGGUCCCGGGGAUCGAACUCAUGACUGCCUGCUUGCAAGGCAGGCGCUUAUGCCACUGAGCUAAAUCCCCAGCCCCCUAUUUUUAUCUUUUUUGUUUGUUUGUUUUUUUGUUUUCCUUUUUAUCGGUACUGGGGAUCGAACUCAUGACUGCCUGCUUGCAAGGCAGGUGCUUAUGCCGCUGAGCUAAAUCCCCAGCCCCCUGUUUUUAUCUUUUAAAAAGCAAUGUGUGGCUCUCUCUGUGCAUAUCUGAACCUCAAAUUUCUGUGGCCACAUAGAUGUGACUCGUUGCUGUCAAAGACCACAAACUUGGCAAAUUUGACUGAAAGGGAAAAACUGUAUAAGAGAAGUUGUUCUUUUAAAAACUUUAUUCUUUUGAAACUACCUGGCUCUGUAACUGCUUACAUAGCUUUUGUAAUUACUUUCUUGACCCUUGUAAACACAAACGUAUAACGGAACAUGCAGGAUGCCUGAUUGUAUUACUGUACCAAACUUCAAGAACUGAUGAUCAUUAAUCUACUCUUGUGACUGAUGAUUUCACCCUGCUAGCUAAUCAGAACUGCCAGGAUGUUCUGUCUCUCCUCUGUAACUCCUCCUUGUACAUCAUAUAAAAACCCUAGAUCACUGGAGAGCCUGGCCUGAUAUUCUAGGAAUGAUCCCCAUCAGUGCUGAUUGACGUAAAUAAAUCUACCUCCAAAUCCUA